AAUGGAUCUUGUGACGAAAACAAACCUCGGGUUCUAUGUAACGAUUUUUGAGUAAUGACUUGUGUGAGCUAGACGAUGGAAGUUUUAAGUGUUGUAGUUGGGUUAUACAUGGUGCUGAUUAUUGCCGGGCAAAUAACUCGUGGCAGAAACGACAUUAUAUUAAAUACAGAUAAAUUAAACCAAUUGGGCAGCCAAGGACAAUUAUUAUUACGACAUAUAGCAUUAACCACACACAGUUGCGGAGUUACAGAAGUUCCCAAGUUACGGCGAAAACUCCUCCGUCAUAGUUCGGCGACAUGUAAUGACGGAAGCCCAGCUGGUUAUUAUAUACGUAAAUCACAUGGCAGCUCAAAGUGGAUAGUUUUCUUAGAAGGUGGAUGGUAUUGUUUUGACCAGGUCAGCUGUUCAGAGAGGUUAAGAAUAAUGCAUGAUUAUAUGAGUUCCAGGGGAUGGCCGCGUCAUCGGAAAGGAAGUGGAAUUCUGUCAUGGAAUCCAGAAGAUAAUCCUUACUAUUUUCACGCCAACAUGGUAAUCGUUCCAUACUGUUCCAGCGAUUCCUGGAGUGGGACCAGAAAUUCAUCCUCUAAAAGUGAAUUUUCGUUCAUGGGUUCAUUAAUACUGGAAGAAGUUAUAAAAGAGUUGUUAAAGAAAGGUUUAAGAAAUGCCAAGAAAAUGUUAUUAGUAGGAAGCAGUGCUGGUGGUACAGGUGUGUUAAUUAAUCUAGACCGAGUAGCUGAACAGGUUAAACAAAGUGCUUCUAGAGUUGAAGUGCGUGGUGUUGUUGAUGCUGGAUGGUUUAUGGAUAAUGAACCGUUUAAACCUAGACAUUGUAGAGAUGCCUAUACCUGUCCUCCUACAGUUGGUAUCAGCAAGGGUGUAGAUGUAUGGGAUCCGAGACUACCUCCUGCGUGUGUUAAUAAAUAUCCAACAGAGAUAUGGAGAUGUUAUUUUGGGCAUCGUAUUUAUCCUUCUAUAAAAACUCCAGUGUAUAUUAUUCAGAAUCUCUAUGAUGCAGCUCAGAUUAAAGUGGAUAAUGUAUUUAGUGGUUUUGGUAGAUCAGAUCUAGGCAAUGAUCAGUGGCAGUAUUUAUUACGUCUAGGAGAAGAGGUGAAGAUGAGCUUGCAGAAUGCAUCGUGAGUCACCUGGAGCCGUGUUUGCAUCAGCUUGCGUGUCUCAUGAUAUUCUUAUGAAAAGUGAAUGGCAUACUAUGACAAUACAAGGCGAGACACUGGC